GCCCCCAAGAUGGCUGCCGGCAUCCCGCUGCGCCCCGUGCCGCGCAGCAGCCAGCGCAGAGCGGCCUACUACAGCGGCGCGGCCGCGCAGCAGCGACACAGCAGGUACCAGCUGGAGGAUGAGGCCUCCCACCUGGAUGAGAUGCCCCUCAUGAUGUCAGAGGAGGGCUUUGAGAACGAUGAGAGUGACUACCACACCCUGCCCAGGGCCAGGGUUGCCCAGAGGAGGAGAGGCCUGGAGUGGUUCAUCUGUGGGGGCUGGAAGUUCCUCUGCACCAGCUGUGCCGAGUGGCUGCUGGCCGCCUGCCGGCGGCGGAAGGAGCUGAGGGCUCGCACCGUCUGGCUGGGCUGCCCCGAGAAGUGCGAGGAGAAGUACCCCAGGAACGCCAUCAAGAACCAGAAGUACAACAUCUUCACCUUCAUCCCCGGGGUUUUGUAUGAGCAGUUCAAGUUCUUCCUGAACCUCUACUUCCUGGUGGUGUCCUGCUCCCAGUUUGUGCCAGCACUGAAGAUUGGCUACCUCUACACCUACUGGGCUCCCCUGGGCUUCGUCCUGACGGUCACAGUGGUGCGGGAGGCCGUGGAUGAGUUCCGGCGCUACAAGAGGGACAAGGAGAUGAACUCCCAGCUCUACAGCAAGCUGACAGUGAGAGGCAAAGUGCAGGUGAAGAGCUCAGACAUCCAGGUUGGAGACCUCAUCAUCGUGGAAAAGAACCAGCGCAUCCCCUCGGACAUGGUGUUCCUGAGGACAUCAGAGAAGACAGGCUCCUGUUUCAUCCGGACCGACCAGCUGGAUGGAGAAACAGACUGGAAACUGAAGGUUGCUGUCAGCUGCACACAAAGGCUGCCAGCCCUGGGGGACCUCUUCUCCAUCAAUGCUUAUGUCUAUGCUCAGAAGCCACAGCUGGACAUCCACUCUUUUGAAGGGACCUUCACCAGGGAGGACAGUGACCCAGCAGUGCAUGAGAGCCUGAGCAUAGAGAACACCCUCUGGGCCAGCACUGUGGUGGCUUCAGGCUCUGUGCUGGGGGUUGUCAUUUACACAGGCAAGGAGACCAGGAGUGUGCUCAACACCUCCCACCCCAAGAACAAGGUGGGCCUGCUGGACCUGGAGCUGAACCAGCUGACCAAGGCCCUGUUCCUGGCCCUGGUGGCCCUCUCGGUGGUGAUGGUCACCCUGCAGGGCUUCGUGGGGCCCUGGUACCGCAACCUCUUCCGCUUCCUCCUGCUCUUCUCCUACAUCAUCCCCAUCAGCCUGCGCGUGAACCUGGACAUGGGCAAGGCAGCCUACGGCUGGAUGCUGAUGCGGGACCAGAGCAUCCCUGGCAGCGUGGUGAGGACCAGCACCAUCCCCGAGGAGCUGGGCAGGCUGCUCUACCUGCUCACCGACAAGACAGGAACCCUGACCCAGAACGAGAUGGUCUUCAAGCGCCUGCACCUGGGCACGGUGUCCUACGGCCCAGACACCAUGGACGAGAUCCAGAGCCACAUCAGCAGCUCCUACUCACAGGUGCCUGCCCCGGGCAGCAGCAGCUCCACGCCGUCGCGCAAGCCGCAGCCGGCGGCGCCCAAGGUUCGGCGCAGCGUCAGCAGCCGCAUCCAGGAGGCGGUGAAGGCCAUCGCCCUCUGCCACAACGUCACCCCCGUCUACGAGGGCCGCGCCGGGGGCUCCGCCGAGCCCGAGGACGCCGAGGUGGACCAGGACUUCAGCGACGAGAGCCGAACCUACCAAGCCUCCAGCCCCGACGAGGUGGCUCUGGUGCAGUGGACAGAGAGCGUGGGCCUGACUCUGGUGACCAGGGACUUGACCUCCAUGCAGCUGAAGACCCCUGGGGGGCACAUCCUGACCUACUACAUCCUGCAGAUCUUCCCCUUCACCUCUGAGAGCAAGAGGAUGGGCAUCAUUGUCAGGGAGGAGUCCUCAGGAGAGAUCACCUUCUACAUGAAGGGAGCAGACGUGGCCAUGGCCGGCAUCGUGCAGUACAACGACUGGCUGGAGGAGGAGUGCGGCAACAUGGCCCGGGAGGGGCUGCGCACCCUGGUGGUGGCCAAGAAGUCCCUGACCGAGGAGCAGUACCAGGACUUCGAGAGCCGCUACAACCAGGCCAAGCUGAGCCUCCACGACAGGAGCCUGAAGGUGGCGGCGGUGGUGGAGAGCCUGGAGCGGGAGAUGGAGCUGCUGUGCCUGACGGGGGUGGAGGACCAGCUGCAGGCAGAUGUGAGGCCCACGCUGGAGAUGCUGCGGAACGCUGGCAUCAAGAUCUGGAUGCUGACAGGAGACAAGCUGGAGACAGCAACUUGCAUUGCAAAGAGUUCUCACCUGGUGUCCAGGACUCAAGAUAUUCACAUCUUCAGACCUGUGACCACUCGAGGGGAGGCUCACUUGGAGCUCAAUGCCUUCAGGAGGAAGCAUGACUGUGCCUUGGUGAUAUCUGGGGACUCACUUGAGGUGUGCCUCAGGUACUACGAGCACGAGUUGGUGGAGCUGGCCUGCCAGUGCCCUGCCGUGGUGUGCUGCAGGUGCUCCCCCACGCAGAAGGCUCACAUCGUCAAGCUGCUGCAGCACCACACCGGGAGGCGCACCUGUGCCAUAGGUGAUGGAGGCAACGAUGUCAGCAUGAUCCAGGCAGCAGACUGUGGGAUUGGCAUUGAAGGCAAGGAGGGCAAGCAGGCUUCCCUAGCAGCUGACUUCUCCAUCACCCAGUUCAAGCACAUCGGCAGGCUGCUGAUGGUGCACGGUCGCAACAGCUACAAGAGAUCAGCAGCACUUGGUCAGUUUGUCAUGCACAGAGGCCUUAUUAUUUCAACUAUGCAGGCUGUGUUCUCAUCAGUCUUCUACUUUGCAUCUGUUCCCUUGUACCAAGGAUUCCUAAUGGUAGGGUAUGCAACCAUCUACACCAUGUUCCCUGUCUUCUCCCUCGUGCUGGACCAGGAUGUGAAGCCAGAGAUGGCCCUGCUGUACCCAGAGCUUUACAAGGACCUCACCAAGGGAAGAUCUUUGUCCUUUAAGACCUUCCUCAUCUGGGUUCUAAUCAGCAUUUACCAAGGUGGGAUCCUGAUGUACGGAGCCCUGCUGCUGUUUGAGUCAGAGUUUGUCCAUGUGGUGGCCAUUUCCUUCACUGCCCUCAUACUGACUGAGCUCUUGAUGGUUGCCCUGACCAUAAGGACGUGGCACUGGUUGAUGGUGGUGGCUGAAUUCCUCAGUCUUGGCUGCUAUGUGGCCUCCCUUGCAUUCCUCAAUGAAUACUUUGGUAUAGGCAGAGUGUCCUUUGGAGCUUUCUUAGAUGUUGCCUUCAUCACGACUGUGACCUUCCUGUGGAAAGUGUCGGCAAUCACCCUGGUCAGCUGCCUGCCGCUCUACAUCCUCAAGUACUUGAAGCGCAAGUUCUCUCCUCCCAGCUACUCCAAGCUCAGCUCCUAGAGGGCUCUCAGCUCCUGCUGGGG